AUGGUUAGACAAAUUAAAAUUUUACCAAAACAUAGUAUUGGUCAUAACUUUUCAGGUUUUGAUAAAUCAUACCCAGAAGAGUUAUAUUCUUCAUUACCAAUUAUAGAAUACACACAAAUAAUUGAUUAUAUAAAUUUAAAAACUCAAAGAGAUUAUAAAAGUUAUAUUCUUUAUAUGAUUAUCUUUGCAAUUUUUGGUUUAUUACCUUUUUUAAUUGCAUUAAUUUUUGAACUUUUUCGUUCAUCACUUUAUAAAAAUAGAUUUGAAAGAGAUUUUGAUAAUUGUUUAAAACAAAUUAAUGAAUUAAUAAAAUGUAGAAAUGUUACAUUUUCAUUUAAAUUUACAAGUAAAAUUAGAAAAAUGCAAAAGUUAGAAUUAAUAAUUAGUUAUCAAGAUGAACAACCAAAAAAAGAAAUUGUUGGUGAUUUUAUAGUUUCACCAGAAGGUAGAAAUAUUUUAGUAUUACCACCAGCACCAUUGGAUUUAAUAAAUUUUGAUCAACUUUAUUUAUCAUCAUCACAAUCAAAUAAAUUUAAUAAAUCAAAAAAAUCGAAUAAAAUUAAUGAUAAAACUCCAAUUUUAAACAAUAAUAAUAAUAAUAAUAAUAAUAAUAAUAUUAUAAAUUAUUGUAAAACAAAAAUAAAUUAUAAUAAUAGUGAAAGAAAAACAAAUGGAUUAAAAGAUGAUAAUUUUUAUGGUUUUAAAGAUACAAAUUAUGAUAAAGAUUUAUAUAAUUUCAUGUUAGAGAGUGAAUAUCAAUCAAUGAUUAGAGAAUUUAAUACUGUAUUAGUUAGAAAGAUUGAUAUUAAAAAACAAUUAAUAUUCUUAUUGGUUAGUACCAUUUUAUUAAUUGCUUUAAUUGGAUUCAUUUUAAUUAUACCUGCUGCUAUUUUAUAUUCAAAGAAAAGAUCUCAUUAUUAUACUCAUCUAUAUAAUGAUUUAAAUAUUAUGGUUCAUAAAUAUUCAAGUAUUUAUAAUUCAAGAGGUAUAACAAUUUCUUAUUGUUUUGAAAAUUCUGAUGAUUUUAAUAAUGAUUCUUCACCAUUAAUUAAUAUUUUAAUUAUAUAUCCAAAAGCACCAAAAGGAUCACCAAUUUUAACAAAUUUCACUAAUAAUACACAUCAAUGGAUUUUAGUACCAACUUCACCAAAUGCAAUUGCACCAUAUUUUACAAUAUUAAAUAAUAUGGCAUACAAUAAUAAUAAUUCUAUUAUUGAAAAUAAUUUUAAUAAUAACUAUAAUAAUAGUAAUAAUAAUAAUAAUAGUAAUAAUAGUAAUAGUAAUAAUAAUAAUAAUAAUAAUAAUAAUAAUAAUAAUUAUAAUAAUAAUAAUUAUAAUAAUAAUAAUAAUCAAGUACAAGUUUAUCAAACUGAACAAACUUUAAAUUAUAAUAUAUAA